AUUGGAAUGUUGGAAGCACGGCCGAACAUUCAUUCUAAACACGAAUUUUCAGCAACAACAACAAGCAUGAUGUUUGACACCGACCGACGCUAUGGCCAAUUGGAGCACCCUAACCUCACAUUUCUGAUUGGACGAAAUACGGUGCCGACAUUACACUUGCCAAGCGUCGCAUAUAAAUCGAAUGAAAUCGACACACGUUUGCGUUGGCCGACUUGCAUUCAUUCAUACAAUGUCGAUAAUGAUGGCCACGGGUAAGGCAAUGCCACAAUUUGGCAUCCAAACCACAACAGCUGAUAGCAGAGUGUUUUACAGGCAAGAGAAGGGAUUGAUAUUUGAGUGGUGGCCAAUGUCAUUAGGCAGCGAGUGCAAUUAAGCAUCGAAACGUGUUCCAUUGAUGUGGAGAUGGAUUGUAAUCGAGUGGUUUCGCAAUACCUGGCCCUAACGAGUGUGUAAAGUCGAGAGAAAAUGCAUAUUCAGAGGGACAUAUUAGUGAAUUUAAACGUGUUGCUAUUGUUCGCAUGGGAAGCAAGAUGUUGGUCACUAUUCGGAAAUUCGAGUGACGCAAACGAGGCCAACCAGAUCAAUUCAUUGCGACCAGGCAAAGAGUCUGGCAGAUUUAUCAUGGGAAUGGGCAUGCGAGAUCCGAACCAAGCACCACCGCUAUCGCACGACACGCCGCCAAGUCGAUGCAAAUGCAGUUGUGGCGAAAUCAACUAUGGAGCUCGAAUUGUUGGUGGAAUCGAGACAGAGCCGAAUAUGUAUCCAUGGAUAGCUCGAUUGUCGUUCAUGGGCCGAUUUUUCUGUGCUGGAUCGCUGAUCAAUGAUCGAUACGUUCUGACUGCGGCACAUUGUGUCAAAGCAUACCUUUGGUUUAUGGUCAAAGUGACAUUCGGCGAGCAUGACAAAUGCAAUUCGAAUUCGGAUCCAGAGUCACGUUUCAUACUUCGAGCCAUAUCACAGCCGUUUAGCUUCACAAACUAUGACAAUGACAUCGCUUUACUUCGGCUAAACGAUCGAGUGCCGAUUAAUGAAGUCAUUCGACCGAUUUGUUUACCCAACCGCCGUGCGUCGCAUUACGCCGGCACAACAGCCACUGUUGCAGGCUGGGGAUCAAUGAAAGAAGAACAAGAAGUACUAUCAUGUGUGCUACGAGACGUCAAAGUUCCAAUUCUAACCAAUUUGGAGUGUGUUCAUCGGUCAAGCUACACAUCGAGCAUGGUAACAGAGAAUAUGAUGUGUGCGGGUUACUUUGGCGGUGGAAAAGACUCGUGCCAGGGUGAUUCCGGUGGACCAUUGAUGGCGCAACGAAACGACAAACGAAUGGAGUUGGCCGGCAUUGUUUCAUGGGGCAUUGGAUGUGCUAGAGCAGAUUACCCUGGUGUCUACACACGAGUAACGCGAUACCUGAACUGGAUUCGACAAAAUACGCGUGAUGCAUGCUAUUUCAGUGCCGAUUCCAUCGUCGAAGACGAACCCACCGAGCGAUCUAGCAAUUCGAGUGAGGCAGAGCCGUUGGCACAAACAAAAGUAACGCCGUCUCUAAGUUCUGGGUAUUUCGGCGGACUCUUCGAUGGUAUUUUAGCCGGAUAUUUCACCCCAGCACGCAAAAUGUGUAGCUGCAGGUGUGGGCAAGCUAAUAACAGAAAUAACCAGCAACGUAUUGUUGGAGGCCAGACAGCAUUACCAAAUGAAUACCCGUGGACAGCAACAUUGGAAUACUUCGACCGAUUUCGCUGUGGCGCCACAUUGAUAAACGACCGAUUCGUACUAACGGCGGCCCAUUGCGUGAACGUUUGGUUAAGAUCAAUGUUGCGCGUGACAUUGGGCAACCACAACAGAUGUGCUAACAACAGACACGAAUGGUCAUCAUACGUUUCAUGGACACGUUCACCGCCAUUGGGUUCUUGGCCAAUCUUCGGCCAAGACAUUGCACUGGUUCGAAUGGAUCGUCCAGCGCCAAUAAAUGAAUACAUUUCACCCAUAUGUUUGCCUGAAACUAAAGAGUCACAUUACAGUACGUAUGCUACACAGAUGGGAACUGUAGCCGGCUGGGGAGCAACGUCUGAACACGGAUAUGCGUCGUGCACUCUACGAGAUGUAGAUAUGCCGAUUCUAAGCAACACCGAGUGUUUUGAAAACAGCUAUUACAAAAACAUCUCGAAUAUUCUGAUGACAGAUUACAUGAUGUGCGCAGGAUAUCCUGCCUCAGGCGGAUACGAUUCAUGCCAGGGCGACUCUGGCGGACCGCUGAUGGUAAGAAGACCAAACGGACGAUAUGAAAUUGUGGGCGUGGUUUCAUGGGGCGUUGGUUGUGCUAGACCAAACUACCCUGGAAUCUAUACUCGUGUUACGAUGCAACUCAAUUGGAUCCGUCGAAAUAUACGCGAAGGUUGUUUUUGCCGAAGCUAA